AUGUGCUCUGUCUUCACGCACGAUCCAAUCUCCUUUGCUCCCUCCUUCGCCUGUCAACCGAUAUGCCUUUUGGAGCUCCUUCCUUACCCAACUUUUUAUACGCUCCUCGUGAGCACUGGGCUUGCCCUCUCUUCCUCUCUCUCGCCCCGCGUCUCUCUUUCUCUUCAGAACGCGACGAUGGAGGAAAAUCGUCCUGCGCGACGAACCAGCGGCAUGUACGACGCCCACUACGGCAGCACUCAGAGCCUCCAGUCUGGCGCGUCCUUGAGAGGGCAUGCUGCUCCCCCAGCAGGAGUCGCCACCGCAACUCCCGCAGGUGUAGUACCCGCCGCCCCAGGCGCGAUCAGCGGCUGGGAAGACCCAGCAACUCCUACCCCCGCCCCACCACCAGCUCCUGUGCCCUUUUACAAGAAGCGAUGGUUCAUCAUCUCACAGAUCAUUAUUAUUCCUCUUGGAAUCGCGUUGCUCUUCAUCUUGCUCUUCCCCGUCGUCCGCGCCAUCGUCCAGCUCGUUCUCCGCCGCUCAAACCUUGAUGUCCAGGUUGCAAUCAUUGGGCAGCCCGUCAACAAUUCCUUUGGUCUGACCAUGGAAGGAUAUGUGUACAACACGGGUAUUUUCUCCGCCAAAAUCCAGUUUACAGAGCCAACCAACGUGUCAUGGAUCGAGAGCGACGGAACAGAGACGCCUCUGGGAUAUAUGCAGAUCCACGACCUGUCGGCCAAGCACAAACGCGCUGUCAUCAAUGAUACCACUGUCUUCCACAUCAUAGACGAAGAAGCCUUCGGUCGUUUCUCCGGAAGCUUGAUCACGUCUCAAAAUUUCACAUGGAGACUGGUCAGCUACAAUCUGCGCGUUCAGGCUCUGAAAUUCCCUGUGGCCAAAGGUCUGACUUUUGACAAACGGCUAACGAUGAAUGGGUUCAACAGCUUCGAUGGCAACGUUGUUCUUCGGGAUUUCCAGCUGCCUAGCGACAAUCCUGAAGGAGGGAUCAACUUCGUUGCAGUCACAGAGCUCGUCAAUCCCAGUCCAUUCUCGAUCGACCUCGGCACCGUUGUUUUCGCCCUUUCUUACGAAGGCGUUGCUCUUGGGCUCGGGACUGGAACAGGAACGAAGAUUAACCCCGGUAACAACACCAUCACGCUGUCUGGGACCCUGGAGCGCCAAACACAACCGUCUGACCUUGUCAUCGUCUCACAGUUGUUCACGCGUUACUUGAACGGCGAGAGCUCUCCCGUCAUCGCCAAAGGACGAUCGACUCUCCAGUCGGAUGGUUCUUCCAUUUCGUGGCUAUCGCAAGGCCUUCAAGACUUGGAACUCAAUGUCCCAUUCAAAGCAUUUGCGGCCAUCGAUCCUAUUCGCUCUGUCACCAUUGGCGAAAUGGAACUUCAGUUCAGCCAGGAUCAGCCGUGGUCUCCAGCUGCAGAGAGUACUUCAGUGCAAGCUGCGCUGCAGCUUCCAUUCGGUUUCAGUUUGGAGAUUGGACAGAUCCAGAAUGAGUUCAUGAUAACGAAAGAUGGCAACAACGUUGCUGGUCUUUCCACGCCUCUCGGUGCUUCUCGCUCUUCCGUGACGGUUCUUAGCCCGACAGACACGACUGGCACUAUUAAUAUUUCUAUCACGGACACUAGACUCAGCUGCCCUGAACCUCAACAUGCCGCCUUUGCGUCAUUCAAUGAACUACUGACUAACUCGGAUGUGGCUGAAUUCCGUUUGGUUGGAGAGUCCCGAGCCAUCGCGAACAUGAGUAUCGGCCAAAUCACUCUUGACCCUAUCAAAGUCAAUGUAUCCACUAGCCUGAAGGGAUUGCAAGGUUUGAAGGGCAUGACCACGAUUGAAAGUGUUGAUGUUACUGGUGGCUCGACUACAGGAAUCAAUCUUGGUAUCGGAGUGACGAUCAACAACCCCUCGAAUCUCGUUCUGUCCACUGGCGACCUUACUUUGCAGCUCUCACGAGAUGGCGCCAUUCUGGGCACGGCGCUCAUGCCAAAUUUGACCCUCAGCAUGGGGAACAAUACCGUCAACGCCACGUCCAGCUUUGCGGCAAAUGGCAGUCCCCAAGGACUUCAAACUUUGAACGAUUUCGUCGGCCAGAAGGAUGUUCAACUCACGAUCUCAGGGUUCGACGGAAGCACAGAAGUAACUUCUCUGGCUCAAGCAUUCAGAUCUUUGAGUCUCGACGUCACACUUCCGGCUCUCAAGACCAACCUUCUGAACUCCGCCUCGCUUGAAAUCUUGCCAACAACUGGAAGGGAAAACAAUAUCGCCCACGUCAUUGUAUCCCUCGAGAACCCAUUCUCCGCGCCACUUACAAUCACGAAGGUCACAUCCACAGUUACUUCCUUCGGCAUUCCGUUGGGCAGCAUCGAGCAAGAAGUUACGUUCAACUUGGCUCCCAAGUCGACCACAGAGUCGCCAUCGCUUAACCUUGACAUGAACUUCGACCCCUCGGCUUUGUUCACCGUGACACGUGCUCUCGCUGUUGAAGCCGGUCUCGACGUUGCCCCCCUUGAUUCGAUCGUGCAAAUUGGUGGAUAUCAGUACUUGUCGACCACCUCAGCGUCGAAGCGGGAGAUCACGGAGCGUCAAAGCGAUUUGUUCCAGGGAUUCGAUUUAACAACUUUCGUCGGAAACGCCUUCAAACAGCUGAAGUCUGAUGUGCAGCUAUCGACUGAUGUUACUAUAGGUGAAUACCAAACAACGUUGACGUUCUCGCAAGAAGGCCUUCCUACCAAGACGGACGAUACCCUUGACCUCAUUCUUCCUAUUCUCGCCGAGCCCAUUGUUCAGAAGAUUGUCGGAGAAUCGCUCUUAGGGCUUGACACAGUUCUGAUCUUGAACCCCGAACAAAAUGGAUUCCAGACUCGCUUGCGUGGAACAAUCAGAAACGCCGGACCAUUCGACGCGACUAUCUCCUUCCCAUCGGGCCUUACCAUUUCAUGGCAAGGUCGUCCCAUUGGCAAGGUCGCAAUGAGCGAGGUUACGAUCGUGGGUGACAUCGGUGGCACCAUCGACGCCGAGUCGAGAUUUGAGGUGCUGGACGCUAGCCAUUUGACCGAGUUCACCAAAACUCUUCUUACGGCCGAGUCAUUUACCUGGGACAUUUCCGGAGAAAAUCUAACAGUCAACGCCCUCGGUAUCUCGGUUGCAGGAAUCGCGUUCUCUUCCAGGAGCGUCACCCUCAAGGGCUUCAACGGAUUACAGGGAGGCGUCACCAUUCAGACGUUCGAUCUUCCGUCAGACGAUCCUGCAGGUGGUAUUCAUCUUACCCUCGAGACCACUGCCGCGAAUCCCUCCCAAGUCGGCAUUCAAUUGAGUUCACUCGGCUUCAACACAUUCGUAGACGGCGUUAUGAUUGCUCCAGUCGCGAGCGCUGGCUCCGUGACACUUGCCCCGACUUCCACGUCGGCUUUAUCCCUUGUUGGACGUCUUAUCCCUCAAGAUAACCCAGCCGGCCUCGCUGUGGUAUCUAAGAUAUUCAACAAUUUCGUCGAGGGUAAAGAUAGCAAUGUCAUCGUACAAGGAGCUAGCGCUGGCUCCAGCGAUAUCACCUGGUUGAACGAGGGCAUUAAAGCCCUUCAGAUUGCUACCAUCCUUCCCAACCGAGGGCCCCAGAACAUCAUCAAGUCCAUUGCUCUCAACGAACUUACGCUGAUGUUCUCUUCUCAUUCGCCUUUCGCCCCUUCAACCAGUAGCAAGUCAACAGACGCCGCUUUUACUUUGCCCUUCGCUUUCCCUAUCGACAUUUCGGCUUUGCAGCAGACGCUCACACUUGGAUUCCAAGGGACAAAUUUCGCCGAGUUGGCAAUUCCCAAAGGUCCGAGUACAACGGACGUCGAGGCUCGUGUCAUCCACCUGGGCUUCUCCAACGUUCCUCUUGCUGUUUUCGACAGUCAACGCUCCACUUUUGAGCAGUUCGUUACAGCUACAACCGUCGGUUCGAGGCAAACACUCCGUCUUUCAGGAAGUGCGGAUGCGGACGCGCGAACAGCAGUCGGCGUACUCUCUCUCAAGGGAAUUGCCUUCUCUGUCGAUUCCGAUAUUGCGGGGCUUCAAGGAUUGGCCUCUCGCCCGGUGACAGUUGCCAACCUUGACGUCAACCAUGGGUUCCCCGAUUACCUCCUUAUUAAGGUUGACAGCGCCUUAUUCAACCCAAGCAACCUUACCAUUGGAACCGGCGAUGUCUCAUUCUCUCUGCAAUUCCAAGAUCAAACCAUUGGUUCUGCUGAUAUUGACAACCUGGUUGUUUCACCUGGCAACGCAAGUUACCCUAUCGAUGUCCACUACGCACCGCAGGGAGGCGCUGUUGGUGCAGGUCGAACUCUGCUACAGAACUACAUUCAAGGCGUCGACUCGCAGACGACUAUCGCAGGGUCAACUGUGUCUACGCCCAUCCAAUCAUUGCAGCAGGCUCUGUCUCGUAUUCAUCUGUCGCCUGUCACGAUUGCGGGCAUCCACCAGAACCUGAUCGAGAGCGUGUCGCUCGUCUUCCCUCUCAACAUCGUCGAUACUGGCAUCGCUUCAACGGCCUUCAGGCUUGUUAACCCAUUCACUGCUAGCAUCAAUUUGUUGAGGGUCUCGGCUGUCGCGUCUUUCCACGGGAUAACAUUGGGCACGCUUCCCAGCAUCGACGCCUCUGCCCAUCCUAUUCGGGCUGAAGGACACGGCAGCGUAACCUCACCCGCUCUGCCGCUCAACUUCAAUCUGAACCCGAUAAAUAUCGUUCAACUGCUGCUAUCCACCUCUCAAGCGAACGGCGUCGAUCUCGGACCCCUUAUUCAGAUGUUCCAAUUCCUCCUCGCCAAUCCAGACUUCAAGCCACCUGUCAAAACCACUGUUGAUACACAGGCUCCAACCUGCGUCAGCGGAAAUCAAUUCGACGCCGCAGGUGCUAUCCUGAAGUCCUUGGCCGGCCUGAAGGUCGAUUUGGCCGUUGAAUCGAGUGUCAAACUUGAUGACUUCGCUACGGAACUUGCUUUCAGUCAGACCGGCGUUUUAGCUAACACCGACCGUACUGCUUUGUUCUUGGUUGGAGCCGUCUCUGGUCCUGUCGCACAAAAUCUUGUCGAUGGAGCAGUCCUUUCGUUCAGCGAGAGUAUCAUUACAAACAUUUCAAACGAUGGAUUCGAUCUGGCUCUUAAGGGUUCACUCACUAACAUUGGCCCGCUGGACGCCGUGAUCUCAUUCCCUGAGCCCGUAACUGUCACCUGGGAAGGCAAAGACAUUGCCCAGAUAGCUCUCCUGCCAAUCUGCGCCGCUGCUAACACCGGGCUCCCUACCUAUGAGACUAACGCAAGAUUGACAAUCACAGAGUCGUCUGGGUUUACCGAGUUUGCCACCUUCUUGCUCCACGAACCGAGCUUCGAAUGGACGAUAUCGACCCCCAAGCUCCGUGUAGCGGCUCUCGGGACCAUCUUCGAUAAUGUAUCUCUUUCGAAGAAGAUUUCUCUGAAAGCUUUCAAUGGUCUUCCAGGUAUCACCAUCAGCAACUUCCAGCUUCCAUCCGAUGAUGCGGCAGGUGGUAUUCACAUUGAGACUGAUGCCAGCAUUCCGUCGGAGGCCCAAAUUGGCAUCGACUUGGGCUCGGUCACUUUCCAAUCGUUCUUCAAGGGAACUCUGGUCGGACCCCUCGCCGCUGAAGGCCUGGUCCUUCGCCCCAGUUCUGUUGCUGAUACUCACCUGAGCGGCCGUAUUGUUCCCCAGAGCGGUGGCGAUCUUGAUGUCAUGGGCGAACUGUUCUCCGGUUACCUGAAUGGACAGAAUCUGACCCUCCAGACCAAGGGCUAUUCGGUUCAAGGAGCUAAUGGCCCCGUCGAGUGGUUGAGUACCGCUUUCAAAACUUUGACAAUCGACGUCAUCUUACCAGGAGAGAAACUUCAAGUCAUCGAAGAGAUCAAUCUCAACGACUUGUCUGUGACGCUCAAGUCUCAAGACCAAGCGUUUGCACCACCAACUAGCUCGAAGAAUACAGUUGCGAAGUAUAGGAAUCCUUUUGGCUUCUCCUUGCAAGUUGUGCGGGUCGGACAAACAAUUGUUCUUGGCUCCCAUGGUGUUCAAAUUGCUCAGCUCGUCAUUCCUCCAGCGCGAGCCGAUGGCGGUGUUUCCACCGGCAACUCGGUGGACCUCAACAUAGUAUACACGGAUGUUCCUCUACAGUCACUCAACAACGCUGCCUUCCAACAACUUUUCGCUGCCGUCACGCUCACGUCCGACCUGGAAGUAGAGUUGACUGGUGCAGCCGACGUUCUGGCAAGGACAACUAUUGGAGACGUUCCCAUCUCGGGAGUGCCCAUUGAUGUCACUUCGCACUUGAAGGGAAUUGCCUCGUUCGGUGGAAACUUCGGUGUUAGCGAUGUGAUUGUCGCUGGAAGUGGAGGCGCAGGAGGCUCUGAGUAUGUUAAGGCACCCUUGAAAACCACUCUCCAGAAUCCUUCCAACAUCUCCCUCGAUACCGUGGGCGUAUCCCUUCCCGUCCUGUUCAAUGGCGUCGCCGUUGGUCGCGCUGCCCUCGAUGAAUUCGCCCUCGUACCUGGAUCGAAUGUUGUGGACACCGAAUUCCGCUACCAACCCGCAAACCCGAAUGACACUGUCGCACAGGCCUUCCUCGCGGAGUUCAUUCAGACUGGAAACCAGAUUGAUCUCGUCAUCGACGGAGACCUCUCCAGCUCGCCGUUCGCUUCACUGGCUCCUGCACUGGCCAAUCUCCGUCUCGCAGGCCAAUUGACUGGCCUGAAUGAACCGACGUUCAUCACCCAAAUAGCCGUGAUAAUUACCUUGGAGUCACUGAUCACCAACCUCGUCUCUGUCGACUUUACGCUCCACAACCCUCUCGAUGCCGAUCUUGUCAUUGAAUUCGUUCAAUCCGACUCUGGUGUCAACGGCCUCACGUAUGCGCAGUUCAGCCAGCCCUUCUCCAACUUCGUCGUCCCUGCUGGAGCUACGGUUCAUUCAGGGGAAUUUCCCAACGUUUUACUAACACAAGGUGCAAUCGCCUCGCUCGACAUCAUCCCUUUAGGAUACCUCGAUGUCCAGGCCGCAGUCACACUCAGAGUUGGCCAAGGCGGUUAUCAGGUUCCCUACCUCAAGCUCUCACAAAACCGCAUCCCAACCACCUAUGAUCUGGUCCUUGGAUUUGCUGCGAUGAAGAAUGCCGCUAUCUCGGCAUCGCUCUCGGCAUCUGGCUCCGAAACCGCCUCCUCCACCUCCGACGCUGCUGUCUCGACUUCAGGUGGCCCAGCCUCAACCUCAGAGCCUGCGACCGCCACUUCCACUGUCAAUGACUCCGACAUCCCUGUAUCCACAUCAUCUGAUGAUUUCGCAAAUACGACUACUGCGAUAACACCUGCGGCGGCCGCAGUAGGUCCUACAACCACCCCCUAA